CGCCACAGUAGAACUGGUGUUUGUAGUAUUUGGGCUGGGUUAGAGAGCAGUAUAUUAGGAGUUUUCCUAUGUGCUAAAGUCACUGGUGUAGCAGUGGUCUCUUGAAGUGCAGAAGCUGACGCACAACAGUUUCUCUCAGUUUUGAAGAGAUAUUCAGUAGUUUGCAAUGAAGAAGGCAGUGUUGUUUAGUUUGUGGGGUGGUAUUGUUACCCCACAGAUUGGCCAAGCAUUUCAGAGGUUUGAGGAAACCACUGGCAUUUCAAAGGGCUUCAUAAAGAAUGUGGCAGCAAAACUUGGCAGUGACAAUGCUCUGUAUCGUGCGGAAAAGGGGAAAACAACCCUCACUCAGAUGAUUCCUGAGUUUGACACUGAGUGUCAGAAGGUAGCAGCAGAUCAGGGUCUGUCUUUACCAGCCCAAUUUUCCACUCAAAAGCUUUUCGAUGACAUUGGGAAGCUGGAAUUCAAUAUGGCUGUUCUUGAUGCCGCUGCCGUCCUCCGUCGUAAUGGCAUUGCUACCGGCAUCCUGGCCAAUAUCUGGGUGGAUGACACUGCACAGAGAGGCAGCAUCGCUAGGGUUUUAUCUGUUUUAGAAAGCCGUUUCGACCUGGUUUUGCGAUCCUGCCAUGCUGGUGUCCGAAUCCCUGAGCCAGACUUUUUCAACCGUGCCCUCGAAAAGCUUGCUGUUAAACCUCAAGAAGCUUUGUGGCUGGAUGUGGAUGAAGAAAGUGUCAAAGCAGCUGAAGGUUUGGGAAUAACGGCUGUUCAAGUCAAGGACGUCACCGAGGCUCUUACCGAAAUCCAGAAGCUUACAGGAAUAGAGGUCACCAGUGAUCUCCAGCCGCCUUUCUGUGAUCCUGAUAAGGUCUCUCAUGGAUAUGUGAAUAUUAAGCCUGGUGUGAAGAUCCACUAUGUGGAGAUGGGAGACGGUCCUCCUGUUCUCCUGUGUCAUGGAUUCCCAGAGAGCUGGUUUUCCUGGAGGUAUCAGAUUCCAGCUUUGGCUGAUGCAGGAUUCAGAGUUCUGGCUCCUGAUAUGAAAGGUUAUGGUGGCUCCACGGCUCCCCCAGAUAUUGAUGAAUACUCUCAAGAACAGAUCAUGCUGGAUUUGGUGACAUUUUUGGAUAAGAUGGCCAUCGCUCAGGUCACUGUGGUGGGCCACGAUUGGGGUGGCGCUCUGGUCUGGAACUUGGCACAGUUUCACCCUGAGAGAGUCCGAGCUGUGGCGUCUCUCAACACUCCUCUUUUCCCUGUGGAUCCAAACACAAAUCCGAUGGAGAAAAUAAUGGCCAUACCAAUCUUUGACUACCAGAUAUAUUUCCAGAAGCCUAUUCCAGCUUUGGCUGAUGCAGGAUUCAGAGUUCUGGCUCCUGAUAUGAAAGGUUAUGGUGGCUCCACGGCUCCCCAGGUUAUUUUAGUGGCUAAAAUGUGGAACAGCUAA